AUGGACUUCCCGUCGCCUGAUGCUGAAGAGAAAAAAGUUACUGGCCAAUCCGACAAGGAGAAUGACGAGAAACGAUCUCAAUAUUCCCCGAGCCGACGCGUAUCCGUCAGGAACGACUCUGGUCCCCCACUUAACACCUCGAAGUCCAGAUCGGCCUUGCGGCGCGCCUUCUCUACCUCUACUGCUCAGACCACUUCACCAGAUGGGAACAAAGACGGUAAGGCUAGGUGGGCGCGUCUACGCGCCUUGCUACCCCACAUCGUUCACCCUGAUGAAUCCAUCCUCCCUGGCCCGUCUGUUGUUACAUCCCAAGCUGUCAACAUCACUGACGAGCUUAUCACGGGCGGCCUUUCUACACUCAUGUUGCGUCUCUGGUUUGAAAGGGACGAGAAGGGCCAAAGACGCGUCCCCGCCCUUUUUCAUCGCUUGCGCAUUCGCGUUAGUGACAGCUUGCACCCAAUGCACCACCACAAAUCUGUCUUCCGUAUUGAAUGCGAAUACGCAAACGGUGCUGCUCGUUGGGUCAUUUAUCGCGAACUUCGCGAUUUCCUUUCUCUUCACGGUCACUACGCUGUCUCUAACGUCUAUAACCGCAACGUGGACAGAAUGCCUGAGUUUCCACGCACUAGUCUUCCGUACUUCAAGUUUUUGAAGAAAGAAGGUCGGGAAAAAGGUGACAUCGUUGGCAAAGCUGAUUUUGCUCGCUUACAAAGAGAGGCGUUGGAGAACUAUCUUAUUGAGCUCAUCCGUGGCGUCAUGUUCCACCCUUCAGCGAACCGCUUGGCAGGUUUUUUGGAAAUAAGUGCGCUGUCUAUAGCUCUUGCGCAAUCUGGUGGCGCACAGUACAAGGCCGGAUAUCUCAAGCUAGAAGCUACUGGCAAUGGAGGGUCUGGCUUUGGUCGUAAGUCGACAAGUUGGCACGCCCAGAAGGAGUCUCGAUGGUGUGCGGUGCGCGAAAGUUAUCUUGUCGUCCUGGAAGAGCCUGGAGAGGUGCGUAUCUACGACGUCUUUUUCCUCGAUUCUGGUUUUAACAUUGAGCGACCAACGCGAUACUAUCGGCAAAACUUGGGUAAUUUACUUAAUCACAGUAGCGACCCGAAGCCAGAAGGGAAGGACAAGGACCAUAUAUCACGCCCACAAAACUUCCAGACUUAUCUGGACCCUCCCGAAGACGAACAUCGAUCAGUUAUAUCCUCUAUAAAAACGGGUGAAUGGAAGGACGGCCAUAAGACCGUCUCCAGAACAGACGUUUCCAAACAUACAUUUUACAUCGUCAACUCGCAAAUGAGGUUGAAACUAAUUGCAAAGAACGAGCGCCAAAUGUUGCAAUUUAUCACGGCAUUGGAGAAGGCAGCUUCAAAGUGCCAUUUUACGGGCACCCACCGUUUUGACAGCUUUUCGCCGAUCCGAAUGAACGUUGCUGCACAGUGGCUAGUGGAUGGGCGGGAUUACUUUUGGAAUCUCUCCCGUGCGAUUUUGCUCGCAAAAGAGACCAUUUACAUCCACGAUUGGUGGCUUUCCCCAGAAUUGCAGAUGAGGCGACCCAAUAAAGACAAGUAUCGUUUGGAUCGGCUACUGGCUCGAAAAGCGAAGGAGGGUGUGAUGGUUUACAUCAUUCUUUACCAGGAGGUGUCCAAUAGAACGACCCCAACAGAUAGCAAUUAUUCAAAGCAAAGACUGACCUCACUUCAUCCGAAUGUGAUGGUUCAACGGUCGCCGUCACACUUCCAGACAGGAACGUAUUACUGGGCUCACCAUGAGAAAAUGUGUGUCAUUGACCAGGUGAUCGCAUUUAUGGGCGGCAUUGAUCUUUGUUUCGGACGGCGAAUUAGAUGGGAUACAGCUCAGCAUGUGUUGACGGACGAUGUGGCCGACACGGAAAGAUCAGAAAUUUGGCCUGGAAAGGAUUAUAGUAAUCCUCGCGUCUCUGAUUUCCAUACACUCUACAAACCUGAGGAAGACAUGUAUGAUCGUACCAAGACUCCGAGAAUGCCUUGGCAUGAUGUUGGGAUGCAGAUUGUUGGACAGCCUGCGCGGGAUCUGGCACGACACUUCGUUCAGAGGUGGAACUAUCUUUUAAGAAUCAAGAACCAUACACGGGUUAUGCCCUUUUUAAUUCCUCCACCAGAAUUCAGGCCAGGAGAGCUGACUCAGAUGGGGCUGACGGGGACAUGUGAAUUGCAAAUAUGUCGCUCCGCAGGUCCCUGGUCACUCGGAACGCCUGGAAAGAUUGAGUCUUCGAUCCAAAACGCGUACCUCAAAGCGAUCCAAAUGUCUGAACAUUUUGUUUAUAUGGAGAACCAGUUCUUCAUAACUUCCACGGUGGUAAAUGAAGUCGAGAUCGAAAAUAACAUCGGCAACGCCCUGGUACAACGGAUCAUCCGUGCCCACCGGGAUCAUACUCCCUGGAAAUGCUGUAUACUCAUUCCAUUGCUCCCGGGAUUCACCUUCCCAGUUGAUCAUAGUGAUGCCAGCGCAAUCCGGAUAAUUUUGGAGUGUCAGAGCCGGACUAUAGCUCGUGGCCCCAACUCCAUUUUUUGCCGGCUGCGCAAAGAAGGGAUAGAUCCCGAUGAUUACAUCUCAGUCUUCUCAUUGCGCAAUUGGGCCAAGAUGCGGGGUGAUGUACUUACUACGGAACAGGUCUACAUUCAUGGUAAAGUCUGCAUCGUGGACGACCGGUUAGCUAUCAUUGGAAGUGCAAACGUCAAUGAACGAUCUCAGCGCGGUGAUCGGGAUUCCGAGCUAGCUGCAGUGAUCAGGGACACGGACAUGCUUGACUGGCGAGUUACUCCUGAAUAUGAAGCAGCUAUCACUAUGGCAGGAAAACCAUUCAAGGCCGGUCGGUUCGCUCAUACGCUUCGGGUGCGUCUCAUGCGUGAACAUCUUGGCGUGGACGUGGACGCUUUGAUUGAAGAGGACCUUAACAUGAAAGGGUCCUCGAUGGCCGAGUCUCAUAAAGAACCUUGGAGUCCUAACGCUUAUAAGACGCAUGGAAGGAGAAGCACCGCGCCUUCUGCUUCAGGUAGCUCUUCUGCUUCAGGUAGCUCAGUUGGUGAAGGUAAUUUAUCCAAUGAAUUGAAGGGAUCUAAAAUGAGGAACCUUGCGCAUGAUUAUUAUGCACAGGAUGCAGGUGACAACCUUGACGCGCCACGAAAGGAUCAUAAUUCGACUGGAACUAGUUCUAAGGCCCCUAAUGUACCAACUUUGGAGGAAAAGACAGUCGCGGAGCAUCAUCCGCAAGCAAAUCAGGUUGACACUCUCAUCGAUGGUGGUCAUGACGUCCAACACCAGACGAUCAAAGAGGAGCUUGAAACCCCCAGUGGAACUUUGACUCCGCUUCCUACCGACGAUGGCGUAUCGCGUGACGCCCUAGCGAACGCGAAGACGGAGGUCGAUGGUCUACCCCCUCGGCAUUCAGAUGUAGACGAAGAGAAGGCGGUUUCUGUCGUUCGCUCGACCCUCCGCAAGAGCUAUGGAAGCAAGCAUACUCCCUGGACUGUUCCAAUGCCUAGGCCCAGGGUUAACGCGAAAGAUUUUGAGGACCCUAUAUCAGAUGCGUUUUGGAAGGAUAUAUGGGUUGCCAGCGCCGUUCAUAAUACGGAGAUAUAUAGAAAAGUAUUUCACGCUAUUCCCGACGAUCUUGUCACCACCUGGAAACAGUACAAAGACUUUGUGGCCCAUCAUGAGCGUUUGAACAAACCGGUGAGCCAGACGACAAAUGAAGAAUUAGGUGACGAGGGUCAGCCGGCUACCGAUGCACUGUCAGACGUCAGCAAAGAGCAUGUGGAUGAAAGCCCUCCAGAGUCCGUGCCAAACCAGUCAUCGGCGGAAUCUAAACCGCGGAGACAUGCAAAAGGAACUGAGCCUUUUGAAAAAUGGGAACGCAUUGAGAUGGAAAAUCUUUUAGGCGAGCUCAAUGGUCAUUUAGUUCUUUAUCCAAACCGCUUUCUAGAGGGGGAGGACAGCGCAAAUAAUUUCCUAUUCAACGCCGAUAGGCUCCUGCCAUUACCCAUCUACGAUUGA